AUCUAUUUUAAUUGAAAUAUCUGCAAAUUUUCUCAAUUUAGUCAACGAUAACCUCAAGAUUACAUAAUUAACUAUCGCAGUAAUCAAUGAAGUGAAAAUAAUGAUAAUCGCGAACAUAACAUAUCCUUGCACGAUCCAAAUGGCAAUUGAAAUAUAUUAAAAAAGGAAGAAAACUUCCGUCAAUACACGUACUAAAUAUUCUAUAAGGGUUGGAAUCGGUAUAUGUAUUUUACACAAUCCAUAUUUUUCUUUUUUAUUUAAAAUAUCUUCUUAAUUAUUUUUAAAUCCAUUUUUGUGUCUUUAAAAUAACUCUUCCAAAUUAUAGUUUUCCACCUCUCUAUAAUAAACUGGAAUAAAUCCUUAAUUUAUUUCAUUAUAUUCAUAUUUUAAAUGUCUAUUUACAAAUCCGAAAUUAUUAUAUUUAAAAUUCUAUUUUUUCAGUAUUUCAUAUGUAUUAUCGUUAUUUUUAAUCAAAAAAUGAGUACAUUGUUUCAAGGAAUUACUUUAAAUAUAUAGAGAUUUUAAUCUAAGUCUGACACUGUUUCUCAGUAAAAAAGCAUAUAUUCCGAAACUACAUAUUAUUAGAAAUAAUGUCAAUAUUAUUUUCUCUAUUUUUAAUUAAAGUGCGAAUAUAUUUUCGAUCAUCAACUAUCCUUCAAUGUCAUUUGCAAUUAUUUUUAGUUAGUUUUUAUUGUUUACUAUUAGACCUGAAAUAGUUGUAGA